AUGGCCGAAAACGGGGAUGCAGCCCCGCCGGCCGGCCGAGGACGAGCCGAUACGGUCUCAAAGAUGAAGACUGCCGGACUGCCACCGGAUCAAUAUCAGAAGAAGCGAUUCUCGGCCGACCUGUUCAUCUCCACCCUCUCCGAGAAGAGCAAGACGCAGCUGAAAAAGUUUUUUGGACAACGCCCGCGGCAGGACAACGAGUAUUUUGUAUGGGUUCGAGAUACGAGCAGUCAAGUGGUAACCGUGCUGUCGAUUAAGACCCUGGAAAAUCAUCUCAAAACGAAGGGCGGCAUCAGGCGCGUAAAAUGGAGGCAUUUGUCGACGGAACGACUUUCCAUCUACCGCUAUUCCCUGCCGGCCAUCACGGGCAAGGGCGCCCGUGUACGGGAGUGUCUCGUGGGCCAUAGGAAAAUAUGUCUUUUGAUAGUGUGGCUCCUGUUCGUGCUCCUCAUCUGCGUGACCGUCAUCAUCGGCUCGUCCACGUCCAACGACCAAAUGCACAUCAACGCCACCAAUUUUGCCCACCAGCAUUUGACA